AUGGCCGAUAUUGGUUGGAAGUUCUACCUUGUGUUCGUGGUCUACGACAAAACAAAAGCAAAGUGUCACUGCCCGACUCUCCUGGAAAAAAUCAACUCGAUGUUAGGCGAGACCGUCGUAGUCAUCUGGACCGACGCCACAGCUGCAGGGAAAGCGCAAAUUGACGGGGUCAUUACCGAGAAGACUCGCGGCGAGCAUCUAGAUACCGUGGAAGCUAACGAAUUGCAGUGGUCUAAGGAAAGGUAA